AUGUCAUGUUCAUCUAUUACUACUGCGCAGAACCAUACUGUGAAAGCAGAGAACGUUACUAUGACAUUCGAUUUACCUAGACAGCCAUCAAAAGGAUCAUCAAUACUAACAUUGUGUCAUAAAACCACAGAUGAACUGGAUACACAAAGGAAAUCAAAAAUACAAAAGUUUGUACAACGAUCGAAAUCAUUCAAGACCAAACACAGAGAAUUCUUGGCUGAAUUUAUUGGUACGCUCAUAUUGGUCUUAUUGACUUGUGGAUUCUGUGCAGAACAGACAUUAAAUAUAGAAAAAAAUAAAUCAUGGUUAACAUCGUCAUUUGGCUCAGGCCUUUCCGUGUUGAUUGGCAUCUGUGUUGCAGGACAUGUAUCUGGUGGACACCUUAACCCUGCAGUUACUAUCGCAUUCUGUGUGUUUAGUGGAUUUCCAAUCCGAAAGGCUCCCAUCUAUAUUACCGCUCAGUUACUGGGUGCAUUUACAGGUGCUGCUUUACUCUAUAGUAUCAUUGAGCCAGCCAUCACACAGUUUGAUCAUGGAGAACGACAAAUUUUUGGGGAAUAUAGCACAGCAGGUAUCUUUGGUACAUAUCCUCCUCUGUACGUUGGCAUUGGGUCCGCAGUCGCGUCAGAAAUCGUAGGUACUGCUAUGCUUCUGUUGGUUAUCAUGGUCUCUGGCCAUCCCAACAAUUUACCUUUCAGAACAGCUCAAGGUGCCAUGAUUGCCAUUGGUGUCACAACAAUCUCACUCUGCAUUGGCUAUACAUCUGGGUUCUCUCUGAACCCUGCUCGUGAUUUUGGCCCUCGUUUGUUUACUGCCCUUGCUGGAUGGGGUAUCGACGUAUUCAAAGUGCAUCACUAUUAUGCUCUUGUACCCAUGUUUGCACCCAUCGUUGGCGGACUUGUUGGAGGAUUUAUUUUUACUUUAUUCAUUGAUUAA